GUUACAGAAAACAGAUCAGACCUUGAAGAUUUACACCUUUAUGCAACUCCUCGGGAGCAACGGUUUCGUAGGUUUGCCAGUUUAGAAUUUGAAGGACAGCUCUAUAUGACUCCAUAUGACUUCAUUCAGGCUGUCACAAAUGAUGAACCCAAACGUGCUAAAAAGUGGCGAUCCCUUUCAAAGCAGGAACUGAAUCAGAUCCUUAUGGAGACACCACCAGUUUGGAAAGGAUCAUCCAAACUUUUCCGUAAUCUUAAUGAGAAAGGUGUGAUAUCUUACACAGAAUAUUUAUUCCUCUUAUGUAUUUUAACAAAGCCGCAUGCAGGUUUUAGAAUCGCUUUCAACAUGUUCGAUACCGAUGGCAAUGAGAUGGUGGACAAAAAGGAAUUCUUAGUGCUACAAGAGAUUUUCAGGAAAAAAAAUGAGAAGAGAGAAAGAAAAGGAGAUGAAGAAAAACGUGCAAUGCUGGUAAGUAAAAUUGGAAUAGUUGCAGCUGGUAGUUG